GCCAUAUUGAGAGAGGGUCUACUCUAUGACAAACGAGAACAGGAAGAAAUAACCAGACUAGAAAAAUUAGAAUCAGGUGCCCGAGACACAUCAGACUUCCUUGAAUGGCAGAAGAAUAUGCGCCAGAAAGAUUUAGAGAAGGACUUGGCUGAAAUUGAGAGGCGAAGACUGGAGGGUAAAUUAAGUCAUGAAGAAGCCAUCCUUGCCAGGCAGAAUCUGAUAAAAGAUAACAAACAGAAAGUCACAGAUAUGAAAGAAGAAGCUAAAGAAAUGAUGCAGGAAUAUUUAAAGCAACGAUUGGAAGAAGAAAAAGAAAUGAGAAAACUGGUUGAAAACAUAUUGGAGGGCCACGAAAAUGCAAAAGAAUCUAAAAAACGAUUGCAGUCGUAUAAACAAAAAAUAGUCCAAGAGGUUAAUGAGGAGAGUCGUGAGCUGAUGCGUCAGGCCCUGGAGGAAGCUGAGCGUGAGAUGCAGCGCAAAGUGGAGCUGAUUCAACAGAUCCGGGCCAUGGAGAGUAUCCCUGUUGUCAGGUUUAAGAUGCUGGAUCUCACAAAUACUGCAGGACAUGGACUCCUUAGUGAGAUGUCUAUUGCUGAGCUCCAAGAGAGGAUGACACUGCUGAAUAUAGCUAAAAUUGAGGAAGAGGAGGAAAAACGAGAUGAGAUUCUUAAUGCUAAACAGGAGAAAGAUCAGAAACUUAUGGACACCUUGGACCAGAUCUCAAAGCACAGAGCUGAGCUGAGUAGGGCCCAGGCUAUGAAACUUGAGGAACG